AUGGAGGCUCGCCUCGCCGCGAUCGCCGCGGAGGGGGGGGACCAGAAGGAGAAGACGCAGAAGUACCAGACCGUCCUCACCGAAUCGCUCUCCAACGGCGGCGACGUCGAGGGUCUCAAGCAGAUGGUCGUCCACAUGCUCUCGGACGUGGUGCCUCUCGUGACGUCGCGGCAGAUCUUGAGCACGCUGUGCUCGGAAGCGAAGAGCCUGCCCGCGGCGCAGCACAAAGACGUCGCGGAGUUCGCGCUCGAGAAGAUCACCCCGAGAGUCGUGUCGUUCGAGGAGCAAGUCAGCGUCCUUCGCGAGGGCCUCGCGAAGCUGUUGAAGGACGACGGAAAAGCGAGCGAAGCGGCGUCGAUGCUCGCUGGGAUCGACUUAGACAGCGGGAUCAGGAACCUCUCGGACGAGUACAAGCUCAGGAUGUGCGUGGACAUCGCGAUGCUGUACCUGGAAGACGACGACGCGACGAACGCGGACGCGUUCAUAAAGAAGGCGUCGUUCCUCCUCGGCGCGUGUAAGGAAGGAGAAGCUUUGGAGCUUCAGUACAAGUCGUGCUACGCGAGAAUCUUAGACGCGAAGAUGAAGUUCACGGAGGCGUCGUUGCGGUAUUACGAGCUCUCGCAAACGGAGCUCGGGAGGGAUCUAGGAGACGGCAAGGUCGUCACGGAGUCCGACCUCGCGGCGUCGCUGACGAGCGCGAUCAUCGCGUGCAUCCUCGCCGCGGCGGGACCGCAACGAGCCCGCGUCCUCGCGACGCUGUACAAAGACGAUCGCUGCGCGAAGCUGCCGAUAUACCCGGUGUUCGAGAAGGUGUACCUCGAGCGGAUCCUCCGCGCGGACGAGGCGGCGAGCUUCGCGAGCACGCUCCGGUCGCAUCAUCUCACCGUCGGCGAGGACGGGCUGACCGUCGUGACGCGCGCGAUCAGCGAACAUAAUCUGCUGAGCGCGAGCAAGCUGUACAACAACAUCAAGAUCGAUGAGCUCGGGACGCUGCUCGGGUUACCCCCCGACCGCGCGGAGCGCACCGCCGCGAGGAUGAUCGGCGAGGAACGCAUGGCCGGGUCGAUCGAUCAAGUCCACGGGUUCAUCGACUUCCAGGAUCCGAGCGACGGGGACGUGAUCAACGAGAAGUGGGACGCGCAGAUCACGAGCGUGUGCACGCAAGUGAACGACAUCGUGGAUAUGAUGGAGAACAAAGGGAUCCCGAUCAGGUUGUGA